AUGCCGUCCACCACUACAGCGGGCGAUAGGGAGCCGCCCCGCGCUACCAGUUCUUUAUCGAACCAUCGUCCUCUAUCUUCUCGAGGAUCCAUAGGCAGUCCGGCUGGACGACCGCUGGUCCAAGAACCCCGAAUGGUACCCGUUCGGAAGAAUAUCUCUCCAACGCGGGUUUUCUCUCGUCCCAGCCCUCCAUCUCCAAACGCAGCAUAUCGCGAGAGUUACCGACGUCGGUUUGAAAGAGAGGAAGCCCAAUCUCUCCGAGAUGCACUGCAGGAGAUGGAUAUCCAAGAUGAUAUUCGCCUCCAUCAAGCUGCCCAGGAUGAGGCCACAGAACUGGUUUGGAUGCACCAAAACCCUGGAUUGCCCUUCAAGAACCCAUACGCUCCUUAUCGUAAUCCCGAUAUGGAUAAAGCCAGUCAAGGAUCAGAUAAGAGUAGCGUUCUAGUUGGUCAUACUCUCGCUUCCAGAAGUCCGCGGCGGGACAGUUAUCGUCCCAUGUCAGACUACAACUCGGACUCACCCAGAUCACACGCCAAGGAACAGCAACCUGCUUUGGAAGAACCAAAUUCCAGCCCCAGAAAGAAUGGCACACUCCGAAAGAAUCUCAAAGUUGAUUUUUCCUUGCCUCAAAAUGGGAGCCCGUCAAAACGAUCGAGCAGUGGCUACGGACUGGGCCUCGCGAGUACCGGCAAUGGUUCGUCAAAGGGUGUUUUUCGAAACCCCAAUGACCACAUAUAUGAAGAGCCUGGGGAGUCUCAGCAUAUGGAGAAUGAUGAACGCCCAGAUUUUUCAAAAUCUGAUUCGUCCGCCUUAAAAGUCAAACCACGUAAUGCCUUACCUCGAGGCUCGAGGCCCCUCUCUGGCCGAUUUGGCAGCCUUUCGUUCGUCGAUAAACUGUCUCGUUUUGAGCUACACAAGCAUCCCCCAACGCAGUCAAGAAAUCCUGAGUAUAAGGCCAACGAUCCCCUCCCGCAGGCAAAUCCGAAUGAUGAACAAGCCAUCCCGAAAAAAGAUGGACUUGAGAUUCGAAGUGACGAGAUUCGCGCAGCGACAAGUAAGAAGCUCAAAGACCGAAGUACAAGGCUGCCCAUGCCAACCGCCGUGAGUGAUCGCGCCGGCCGACCGAUUGUGAGCUUUGAUCCAACCUGGAAGCCCACCGAGGCCCAAUCCCCAGGCAAGGGUAAUGACGCUGGAAUACGUGAAUCCGUUUCACCAACACCACCCCCCGCACCUGUUGCUCCUACAAUCGAGAUAUCUGAAGCGCCUUCUAUUCCAGUGAUUAACCUACCGGAUGACAAGCCACCUACUAUUUCUGAGAUGACAGGGUCAUCACAGGAUCGUAAGAAAGAUGAUAGCUCUCUCCCAACCUCACCCGAUAGUAGCAAGCGCCCAAAUCCAUUCCAGAGGAAAUCGCCAUCAUCGGCUCUGCAAAACCGUUGGCUAUCAACUUACAGUCGGGCUGGUGUCCCAACGGCGAAGUGCGAAUCCUGCACUCUUCCGAUUUCUGGAAAGAUUGUCACUGCUGCCGGAUCACGGUUCCAUCCAGAAUGUUUCAUAUGCCAUCACUGUCAGACACCGCUUGAAUGUGUGGCCUUCUACCAAGAGCCUGAUGCAAAACGCCAGGAACGACUGGCAGCGGCUUCGGAAGCCGACGAGGAAGCCCGUUUGCUGAGGUUCUAUUGUCAUCUUGACUUUCAUGAACUGUUCAGCCCGAGAUGCAAGAGCUGCAAGACCCCUAUUGAAGGAGAAGUGGUUGUAGCAUGUGGUGCUGAAUGGCAUGUGGGCCACUUCUUCUGUGCUGAGUGUGGUGAUGUAUGA